AUGGGCGCGUACACGUCAGUUGUGGAUGAGGUUGACGCCUGCCGUCAAGCGGCGCAAUUGUCCGAUUAUCAGGUUUCGAAGCCACAGGAAUUUGUCUCGCCUCCCGAUCGUACUUUAGCAAUGGCAUCAGGGCAAUCAAGGACACACGUAGACACUUUAGAAGACCAGCUUAGCGCUCUAGACCACCGCUCUUUCACCUCCGCAUACCCCAUGAGUGACGGAAACCGGACAUGGCACGGCGGAAACCUCUUUUACACCCUUCAAGCUCAAAAUGCUUUCCAGGCCGAAACCGCGCACCAGGCUCGAACCUCUUUCCAGGCUCAGAAUGUCGCGACUAGGACGGUCUCGGUUGACGACAUAGCUAUUCCGGCUGCUGCGUAUCGCAACCAUCUCCAGCAGCACGGCGGGGAGAUCGGAGGCCAAAUUUCGACCGCCCGUAUGGAUCGUACUUUUGGCGGUCAGCAGAAUCAGGCGGUGUUGUCGGGUCACGCCGGCGGUUUCAACGGUGGAUGGUCAGACGGGAAGGGCAGUGGCGAUACGGUGGCGACGACUUACGAUAACGCAACGGCUUCAGGGUUGAUCGACAGUAGGCUCGAAGUUCCCCGUUUGCCGCACAGCCGCAGGAACGGCGUCGGCUUGUCAAGGGGUUUGGCGCGAGAAAGCCAGGCGUUUGCGCUGCACGGAGGCGGCGAAACCCCGAUGGAAGGGGUGGAAAGAACUUCCGCCGCCGCCGAUGCUGCUGCCUCGGGCGGUGAAUGGGAUGGGCGAAGCCAGGGAAUAGAUCUGACCCAAACCGCCUCUAGACUCGCUUUUCAGCAGCACGGAUCGCUCGCGGCAGGCGAGGGUCGGUACACGGACCGAAUCUCUCCCAACGCCUUGAAUCAGACUCUCAGGUCGCCGCCUCAGCAGCAUCUUCACUCAACUUACAGGCUCUCGCCUAACGCCCCGAAUCAAACGGUGCGAUCGCCGCCGCAGCAAAGGCUCCAGUUUCAGGGGUUGCAGUCAGCUGGGCAGACUCAACUAGCAGCCUUCCCUCACCGGUUAUCGCCUCCCGCUGCUGCGUCUCCCCUCGGAUCCCCGGGGUGGCAGCACCGGGCUAACGACAGCCUGUCGUCUGGUAACCAGUCCGCCGGUGGUUCGUCUGUGCAGUCAGGGGCAGGGUCCGCGAGCGCGGCAUGUGGAUCUCGACCGUCGCUGCCGCCGCGGUUGGACGAUGCGGAUCUUGCUAGCGUUCUGUGGGAGAGCCGGUCCAGGUGCAACGUAUCUGGCGCUGGCGCUGGCGCUGGUGCUGCGAGUGUGUUGGGCGACCAGCAGCAGCGAGAGAUGCAGGGAGAUGGGAGCGCGCAUGGCGGUCGAGUGGGUCGAGCAGACGGCAGCAGCGUGCAUGGCGGCCAAUUGUAUCAACGAGAGGGUAGCAUGCACGGCGGUCAGAUGGGUCAACGAGAGGGUAGCGUGCACGGCGGUCAAAUGGGUCAACGAGAGGGUAGCAUGCACGGCGGUCAAUUUAGUCAACAAGACGGCAGCGCGCAUGGUGGUCAAUAUAGUCAACGAGACGGCAGCUUGCACGGCGGCGGUCAAUAUAAUCAACAAGACGGCAGCACGCACGGCGGUCAGGCGAUUCUGAGAGAGGGAAGUGUGCAUGGCGGUCGAAUAAGUAAACUGGGCGGCAGCACGCAUGGCGGUCACAUUAGUCAACGGGACAGCAGCGUGCAUGGCGAUCAGGCGAUAUUGAGAGAGGGAAGUGUGCAUGGCAGUCAACUGAGUCAACCGGGCGGCAGCACACAUGGUGGUCGUCAACUGAGUCAUUUAGGCGGCAGCAUGCAUGGCGGUCAACUGUCUCACCUGGGCGGCAGCAUGCAUGGCGGUCAACUGUCUCAUCUGGGCGGCAGCACGCAUGGGGGUCAAGCAAGUCAACCAGGCGGCAGUGUACACAGCGAAACUGUCCCUGCAUACACCGACAGCCAAGCACGUAGUGACCACUUAUCCCGCUUACAAGCUAGCAGCAGCGUGCACGGCGGCGGCUUCUACGCCAGCGGCCUUGCCUCGGGCGGUCUCUAUGGCAGCGCGCUUCAUUACCCCAGGUCCAGUGUCCAGAGCACAUGGGGCAGCGUGCAAGGCAGCGCGCAAGGGAGCAAUGAGGUCAGAACGGGCGUCUUUAGAUUCGGAAGCGACAUACAGAGGGGCACUGCGCCCCGCGCGAGUACGGUUCACGGUGGCAACCUGUACGCCGCGAGCUUACUCGCCUCUGAUAGCUAUGAUGGCCGGCGUCUGCGCGUUAACGGCCGUCAGCAGGACCGUCAACAGGACCGUCAGCCGAACGAUCAGCAGAGCGGCCAGCAGGGAAGAUCGAACGCGAUGGAGAGCUUUCUCGGGAAGGUAGAUUCGAUGGAGGAGAGCUUGCAAGCGAAGGCGAACGUCUUUAAUGGCUUGCAGCAGGCGGGUGGGAGUGUGUAUCAGGACGAUGGGAGCGUGCACAAAGCGGGUGGGAGCGUGCAUCAAGCAGGUGGGAGCGUGCACAAAGCGAGUGGGGGUGUGCUUCAAACGGAUGGGAGCAUGCAUCAGGGUGAUGGGAGCGUGCAUAAAGGGGUUGGGAGUGUUCAUCAAACGGAAGGGAGCGUGCACCAGGCCGAUGGGAGCGUGCACAGCGUGGGCGUGGGUGCCAGUGCUAGUGUCCUCGCCAAGCUGCGCCUGGAAGGCGGAGAUCGGUUGAAUGCGGUGUCUGGGAGUUCGGAGGGUGCUGUGCGUGGUGGUGGCCUUUUUGGGAGUGUGUUUGGCCCGGGGUUCGGCCCUGGGGCGGGGUUUUCCGGGGGAGGGUUUUCUGGUGCAGGCGUUUCAGGGACGGGCGUUUCAGGGGUGGGAUCUUGCGCGGCCAACGAGGGGUUUACGGGAAGUGUGUGGGAGCGAGGGUCUGGGGCUGCUGCUGCUGCUGCUGCUGCUGCUUCUGGUCUUGCUGGAGCUGUUGACGCUGCUGGUGCUGGUGGGUUCAACAGCCACUCGGAUUCGGGAAAGGCGUUCUCAUCAAUCCAUGGGCACGGGCAAGAGCAAGCACAUGGCAGUAGGCAAACAACAAACCCAGGGGUAGUGGCUGAGAACAGCAGCGUGAAGGUAGAAGCUCACGCAACCACUAGAGAGGACCUAGACUCGGAGAGGAAUAGGGGCAUGGGGAGAGGUGGCGAAACGGAAGAGGCGAAGGGCAUGGAAGGAAUGGAGGGAGCAGCGGACGCGUUGAAAGCUGACGCAGUAACUGCAGAUGCGGUAACAGCAGAUGCGAUAACAGCAGAUACGGUAACAGCAGCGGCUGAGGAUAUGGGGUUUGACGCCCUGGCGGAGUAUUUAAACUUUCCUGACGAUGACCCCCAGUGGUCAAGUCUUUCGGGCUGGGAUGAGCUGAUGCUUGGGGGAGGAUUGAUAGGCGACGGAGAGGCAGGCGCGGAAGGAGGAUGGAGUGGAGCAGGGGCAGGAGCAGGAACAGGAGCAGGGGCAGGAGCAGGAGCAGGGGCAGGAGCAGGGGCGGGAACAGGCGUAGACGCAAGGGAGGAAGUAGAAGGAGGGGCAGCGGCAGGUCUGGAAGGAGGCUUGGCUGCCGAUGCUGGAAUGGUUGCUGGUACGGCAGGAGGGGGUACGGAUAUGGAGGGAACAGAGGAUGACGUCAUGUGCCGCGGGCACUUAGCACUGACUUCUGACGUGUGCGUGGUGGCAUGCUCAUACAGCAGCGGCGCUACAACCGGCAGUGCUGACGCGUCAGCUAGCGCGGGCGCUACAGCUAGUGCUGACGCGACUGCCAGCGGUGACGUGGACAGCGGCGACGUCAGCGCUGGGGAUGAGGACAGGCGCGGAUUGGCUCAGCAAGGAGACGUGGGGGAAGAAGCAAGGCCGCAUAAUGCACACGGAGCAGGGGUGGAGAAAGCAGGAUGUAGCAGCAGAGAUCGGGGCGGGAUUAGAGGGAUGUUUAGAGGAAGUUGA